UCGAGUCGUCCAUUUCUAAUCCCUCCCUCUCCUCGGCUUUGAAUGCGUCGAUGCGCGGCCAGGGCGAGCGAAUGCGCAGCGGCGAGUGGAGUUAGGGCAUUCGCAGCGAGGAGCAGCGGGCUAUGAAGCUGGAUUCGGCAUCGCUCGAUCCAUGAGAUAUGAGAGUUUAGUAGUGGAAUGCACGAGUUGAGUUGUUGAGGAUGGGAUCAUGUUGCUCGGAUAUGAGUGGAGGUAUGGACGCCGUGGGUGGAAUGGACGUGUUGAAUCUAGACAAAGACACGGAGACUGCUGUUCCUUCUGACUUCCUUUCUGGAACGCGGGGUGUACCAGCGGAUGUACAGGUUCAAUUGUGGAUCUCGGCUUCAAAGCUGCGAGACAAAGAUUUUCUUUCAAAGAGUGAUCCUCUGGCUGUUGCUUUCAUAAGGAAAGACGGGGUGCUGGAAGAAGUAGGACGAACGGAAGUUGUAUCAAACACUUUGAAUCCGUCGUGGGUGACAGACAUAAAGGUCUCAUACAGUUUUCAAGACAUUCAGCAGCUACUGUUUCGAGUUUAUGACAUUGAUACAAAGUAUGCUGGAGUAAAUCCACAGGAACUUCCUCUUGAGGAGCAAGAUUUUUUGGGAGAGAUGACAUGUCUACUGGCAGAAGUCGUAGCUGCCCCUGGACAAUCUUUCAGCAGAUUAUUACAAGACAAGGUGGAUGGUGGAACAGAUAAAACUGGAGUGAAGAGCAUGGGAACGCUUACCAUCAAAGCAGAAGAGAUGCAGCACUCAAAGUCAAUUGUGGAACUUGUUCUACGAUGCUCGGAUCUAAAUAACAAAGACUUCUUCUCCAAGAGUGAUCCUUUUCUUAGGCUUUCAAGACUAAGGGAGGACGGAAGCAGUGUUCCUGUUUAUAAAUCUGAGGUCAAGAAAAACAAUCUCCAUCCGACAUGGAAGCUGGUCAGAACUACGCUGCAGCAACUGAAUAAUGGGAACAUGGAUCGGCCAUUGGUAGUUGAAUGCUUCAAUUAUAACGGAAAUGGUCGGCAUGACCUCAUUGGAUCUACGCAGGUGUCGCUUAACGAACUUCAAGCUUCAGCUGGUGGUACCGUUUCGUUUGAACUGAAGCGGCCUUCGGAUAAUCAGGCAGGUGGAAAGCUUCACGUAGAGGGAUGCAGGAUCUCGUCUGGCCACAGUUUUCUGGACUACCUACGUGGGGGUUGCCAGCUGAGUUUCAUGGUCGCAGUCGACUUUACAGCUUCUAAUGGCAAUCCUCAUCAGCAGGACUCGUUGCAUUACCUGGACCCUUCCGGAAAACCGAACUCUUACGAGAUUGCUAUUGAAUCCGUGGGUGAAGUUUUGUAUCACUACGAUUACGAUAAGCUUUUUGCUGCUUGGGGGUUUGGUGGCAAGCCGAUGAACAGUCCAGUUUCUCACUGUUUCAAUCUAAAUGGACACAGCGCUGAGGUAGGAGUCGUUGUACGUGCUGACAAGCGGGCUCACAUUCUGACACAGGUAGAUGGCGUCGAUGGAAUUCUUCGUGCCUAUUCACAAGCUCUAAAAAGCGUGGCUCUUGCGGGUCCAACGUUGUUCGCUCCGGUGGUAAACAUGGCAUCGUCGAUAGCGUCGGAGUAUAUUUCACAAGAGAAGCAAAAGUACUUCGUGCUCCUAAUCAUCACGGACGGAGUGAUUACUGAUCUACAUCAAACCAUCAAUGCGAUUGUUAAUGCAGCCUCACUGCCACUCUCGAUUCUGAUUGUUGGCGUAGGAGGGGCAGAUUUUACAGAGAUGGAGGUUUUAGAUGCGGACAAGCGGAAGCUGCAGUCCUCAGACGGUCGACUUGCAGAAAGAGAUAUUGUGCAGUUUGUUCCGCUUCGCGACAUGGGAAAUAAAACGAACCUGAGGCGAACCAUGCUUGCAGAGCUGCCAACGCAACUACUAGAAUUUAUGAGGUCACGCAGUAUCGUUCCAAACUUGAACCUGAGGUAGCUAUUGAUUUUUGGGUAUGAUUCUUUUAUCAUCUUUUAAAAUCUUUUAAUGGCCUUCUAAUAUUUACCAACAAAAGUUGAUUUUACUAAUGUAUAUAUGUGUUGUUUUUAAA